AUGCAACGCCUCCGGUCACAAGUACGGGAGCUGGAAGCUAGAAACGAUGAAAUACUUCUGGAGCUGGAGGACAUGAAAAUAGAACUGAAGGAAACUCAGAGUUUGCUUGGGCAAACUUUGGUGAAAGCUGCUCGACAGAGAGAAGGCCGUGACACUACGCCUAGCUCUUCAAGAUGCGUCAACGCAUCGACAAAAAGGGCUCGGUCAUCUUCGCUCGAGGUCGUAAAGGUUGUCGUAAAUUCUCAGAAGACCGAGAAAGGUGUGGAACGGGAUGCUCUCGAGAAGCCCCUAUCCAACGGUCUGUCCAAACAUCCCACCGACGCUGCGCAAACGACCGCAAAAACGGAAAAAUUACAAGUUCAACUGACCAAAAGGACCACCGAGAAGACGAACGAAUACGCAGUCGGAAGUGUUGCGGUUAAGCGGCGAAAACUAGAGCCAGUGCAGGAGCCUCGUUCCGCUAGUAAGAAAGAGACGACCCAGGCCAAAGUGACCACUACAGAGAAUUCAUCAGCAUCUUCGGUAGUUACUUCACAGCUUCGCAGCUUUGCCAUUUCGCCACCGUCUUCCAUAUUCGAGGUUCCGCGCGCCUUCCUACGCGUACAGUACGGUGGCAGCGACCAGCAAUUCCUCCAGUAUUUCCGAGCGGAAAAGGGCAACCUCUCCUCGCCAAUAAUCCGCCGACUUGUCUUCGCUCAACCUAAUAUGAACCCUGACAUGCCGAGCUCCCCCGGAGCUCCUGGGAUGAUAUACGCCUCAAGACAUGAAAUUGUUCAGAACCCUCCAUGGACGGUUUUCUACAAGAGCACGUUGAAACCUGCCUUGUGGACGUACGUUGGGGAAUACGAGAGUGUGGUAUCUGGUCAGUUGUCGGCUGCUCAAUUUUCGAGCCAGAAAGCCGAUUUCAAGAAAGGUUGGGCUGAACAACUUAUAACAGCAAAGGAGCAAACGGUCUAUGUCAGGAUGAGAGCCCGCAUUGCUCUGCGUAAAGCUGGCCUUAUCCCUCUGGCGGACGAGAAGGAAGAGGCAAGGCUUAUUGAAAAAGAGGUCAAGGCCGUUGUUCGUAGCAGUGGGCUUCCUGUUCGUGAGCAGGACCUGAUAGACGCGCUCUGCAGAGGCGAGGAGAAUAUUGAUAUCAUCCAAAUGACCUGCGUGAAAUAUGACCAUGAGUUCGCAAAUGAUAUGAUGAAUAAGCUACCUCAAUUUAACUCUGCACACCGAAAAGACAGCAAGAAUGCAAAUUCCUCCUCGCGGAGCUCUGCCAGAAGAGAGGCAACACAGACCGACAGGAUGGCACCACAAUCGACGCGUAAUGGUAAAGUGGACACCCUGACCGCGGGGCCUGUGCCCUCAGAGGAAUCACGCCUAAGGCGCUCUACUCGCGCUCGGGGUAAUGCCCGCUCCUCGGUCAUCGCCAGCAUGGAUGACUCAGAUCGUGGCUCCAUGAGCCCUAUAGAAGCAGAUUCAAGACGGCGAUGA